AUGAUUCUUCUAUUAAAUAAGUGUGAUUUGGUUCCAGCUUGGGCUACAAAAGGGUGGCUUAGAAUACUAUCGAAGGAAUACCCUGCUCUAGCAUUUCAUGCAAGCGCAAACCAAUCAUCUGGCAAGUGUAACUUCAAUGCCGACAUGCAAUUUAUUGUUUUCAAAAUGUUUUGGUUGUUUAAGCCUUACAGUGCCAUGCAUGACAUUGGAGAUUGGUAUGUUGAGACAUUUGAAAGGGAUAAGAAGAGGCGGACUGUCCCAUCUCAGAGGUGCUGGGACGGUUUGGAUGCUAAUGAACAGUUGGAUAAAACUCUGGAUAUCGAAAAUGCAAGGAGAAGGAAAAAGACAGUGAUAGGUAUAGUUGAGGCCAAAAUGUUUAGAGUUCUUGAUGAUCCUUUGAGACUUGACAUUGUUAUUAGCUUCCCCAAUUAUGGUUUUCAUCUUAGGUUUGAUCCUUGGUCACAGGCGUGCCAAUUGGUUUGGGAUGUGAGAGUGGAUGGAAAGUUGGAUAAAGAUGUCCCUGAGAAGAAUGAAAGAGAGAAGGCAAAGGGAGGUCAGACCAUUUCCAAAGGCAAUAGCACUGCAGUUGAAACCGAGGAAAAGCUGGAUAAAGAUGUCCCUGAGAAGAAGGAAAGAGAGAAAUUAAAGGGAGGUCCCACUCCACGAAUUUUUUCUUUUUUGAGAAACCGAUAA